CAGGGGUACCCUCGCCUCAGCGCCUCUAACAAAGGGGAGGCUGGGGAGGCGAGCGCGCGAGGCGAGCGCGGCAGCGGGCUCUGUCCGGAUGCGGCGAGCGGCCGCCUGAGCAAGGAGGGAAGGCAGGAGGGAACGCGACGCUUUCCGCCAUGGGCUGCUGCACCGGCCGCUGUACUCUCAUCUUUCUCUGCGCUCUGCAGUUGUUAGCUGCCCUGGAAAGACAGAUCUUUGACUUCCUUGGAUUCCAGUGGGCCCCCAUCCUGGGUAAUUUUCUGCACAUAAUAGCUGUCAUUUUGGGUUUGUUUGGAACCAUACAAUACAGACCUCGAUAUGUAGUUGUGUACUCAAUAUGGACUGCUCUCUGGGUCACAUGGAAUGUUUUCAUUAUCUGCUUCUAUUUAGAAGUAGGUGGGCUUUCUAAGGAAACUGACCUCAUGACCUUUAACAUCUCAAUGCAUCGAUCCUGGUGGCGAGAGCAUGGGCCAGGCUGCAUACGAAGAGUGGUGCGUCCUUCAGCUCCUGGGAUCUUAGAUGAUUUUUCUUAUGUCUCUGUGACAGGCUGCAUCAUUGACUUCCAGUACCUAGAGGUCAUUCACAGUGCCAUCCAAAUAUUACUGUCUUUGAUUGGUUUUGUCUAUGCCUGUUAUGUGAUCAGUGUCUUCAUGGAGGAAGAGGACAGCUAACUCAGGCACAUCUAGAGAUAGUAGAAAAUGUGGCAGGACACCUGAGUGGCUAAUUGACAUUGACAGAGAAGUUGUGGAGAG